CCACUACAACACUUCCCCUUUUGUUCAUGUUGUCUUUCAUCCUGGUGGAGGCCUCGGUUGAACCUUUCUCCGUUUGGGACUAAACUUGUACCUGGGCUUCCAUGUAAUGCAUAGAUAAAGACCUGGAUUAACUUUAUCAAAGGAGGGUUCAAACCUUUAGCAUUUUCUCUCUGUUUUUAUUUGAACACCUGUGUCUGUGUGCAAGAAGGAGCCUGAGGAGAAAAGAAAUCAUAUUUUUGUUUGAGGUUGUAAAGAAUGGAGAACCUGUGCUAAAGAUGGGAUCUGUAGUGUCAUACCUUGGCCAGUUGUGUGGACAAGGAAAAAAGGAAGAAAAGGAUAGAUGCUUGCGGGCUAAUGACAGAGCGUUCAACCUAUCUUUCCGCUAUGCUAACAACACCAUCAAGACCUCCAAAUACAAUGUCAUCACCUUUCUGCCACUUAAUCUUUUUGAGCAGUUCAGGAGGCUCGCAAAUGCCUACUUCCUUUUCCUCCUUAUCCUUCAGUUAAUCCCACAAAUCUCUUCUCUGGCAUGGUUCACCACAGCUGUCCCCUUGGCUUUGGUGCUGUCUAUGACAGGAGUCAAAGAUGCCAGUGAUGACAUAAACAGACACAAAUGUGACAAACAAGUGAAUAACCGCAGGGUGGACGUCCUCAUCGAUGGCCAACUAAAAAAUGAAAAAUGGAUGAAUGUUCAGGUUGGAGACAUAGUCAAACUGGAGAAUAAUGAGUUUGUCACAGCAGACCUUCUGUUGCUGUCCAGCAGUGAGCCUCUCAAUUUAGUUUACGUGGAAACAGCUGAAUUAGACGGAGAAACCAAUCUAAAGGUGAAACAAGCUCUGACUGUAACAGGAGCGAUGGGAGACAACGUUGAAGCACUGGCUGCCUUUAAAGGUGAAGUGCGAUGUGAACCUCCCAACAACCGUCUAGACAAGUUCAAAGGGAUCCUGUCUGUAAAUGGACAAAGCUACGCCUUGGACAAUGAUAAAGUGCUGCUCAGAGGCUGUACUCUGAGGAACACUGAUUGGUGCUUCGGUCUUGUCAUCUUUGGAGGUCCUGACACUAAACUGAUGCAGAACAGCGGAAAGUCAGUGUUCAAACGGACGAGCAUUGAUCACCUGAUGAAUAUCCUGGUCCUGUGUAUCUUUGGUUUUCUGGCAUCUAUGUGCGCCAUUAUGGCCAUUUGCAAUGCAGUCUGGGAAGCGAACGAGGGCUCUGUGUUCACUGUGUUUCUUCCUCGUGAACGGGGCAUUGAUGCUCCUCUCUCUUCGUUCCUCACCUUCUGGUCUUAUGUCAUCGUCCUUAACACAGUGGUACCGAUUUCACUCUACGUCAGUGUGGAGAUUUUCCGUUUGGGGAACAGCUUCUUCAUAGACUGGGACAGAAAGAUGUAUUAUCCUAAGAAUGACACUCCUGCACAGGCAAGGACCACCACACUCAAUGAGGAGCUAGGCCAGAUUAAAUACAUCUUCAGCGACAAGACUGGCACUCUGACGCAGAACAUCAUGACUUUCAACAAGUGCUCCAUUAAUGGAAAAGCUUACGGGGACCUCUAUGACUUCUCUGGACAAAGGGUGGAAGUAACAGAGAGGACAGAGAAAGUGGACUUCUCCUGGAACCAUCUGGCAGAUCCAAAGUUCAGCUUUCAUGACCACAGUCUGGUGGAGACGGUGAGAAGUGGAAAACCUGAGGCCCAGGAGUUCUUCCGCUUGCUAUCCCUGUGUCACACAGUCAUGCCUGAGGAAAAGAAAGAAGGGGAGCUCAACUAUCAGGCUCAGUCUCCUGAUGAGGGCGCUCUGGUGAUCGCUGCAAGAAACUUUGGAUUUGUGUUCCGAUCACGCACACCAGAGUCCAUCACAGUCAUAGAGAUGGGCAGACAAGUCAUCUAUGAACUUCUGGCUGUUCUGGACUUCAAUAAUGUGCGGAAGAGGAUGUCAGUGAUAGUGCGUAGCCCAGAGGGCAAGCUGACUCUAUACUGCAAAGGUGCAGACACCAUCAUCUAUGAAAGGCUACAUCCCUCCUGUAACAAACUGAUGGAAGUAACCACUAAUCACCUCAAUGAGUAUGCAGGUGAUGGCCUCCGUACACUGGCUCUAGCCUACAAGGACUUAGAUGAGAGAUAUGUCAUGAAGUGGGCACAGCGCCACCAUGAGGCUAGCAUCGCCAUGGAGGGACGUGACGAAAAACUUGAAGAACUUUAUGAAGAGAUAGAGAAAGACAUGAUGCUGCUGGGAGCGACGGCUGUGGAGGACAAGUUGCAAGAUGGUGUGCCACAGACCAUUGAGCAACUGGCUAAAGCUGACAUCAAAAUCUGGGUGUUAACUGGAGAUAAGCAAGAGACAGCAGAAAACAUCGGCUAUUCCUGCAACAUGCUGAGAGAGGAGAUGAAGGAUAUCUUCAUUGUGUCAGCCAACACUGCUGAAGGAGUCAAAGAGGAGCUACAGAAUGCCAGAAGGAAAAUGUGUCCAGAAGCAGCAGAGGAGCCAUCUGUGAUCAAGUCUCGAGCAGGCCUGUUUUGGCUUAAGAAAACAAAAACUGUGCAGGAUGAGAAGGUGGAUGGAGAUUAUGGCCUAAUUAUAAAUGGACACAGUCUGGCUGUUGCCCUGGAGAAGAACUUGAGGCUGGAGCUGCUGAGGACAGCAUGUAUGUGUCAGACGGUGAUUUGCUGCAGGGUUACCCCUUUGCAGAAGGCCCAAGUGGUUCAGCUGGUAAAGAAAUACAAGCAGGCUGUCACUCUUGCUAUUGGGGAUGGCGCCAAUGAUGUCAGCAUGAUAAAAGCUGCUCAUAUCGGCGUAGGUAUCAGUGGGCAGGAAGGCAUGCAGGCAGUCCUCUCCAGCGACUUUUCCUUUGCCCAGUUCCGUUACCUUCAGCGCCUCCUGCUGGUGCAUGGCCGCUGGUCCUACAUACGCAUGUGCAAGUUCCUAGGAUAUUUCUUUUACAAGAACUUCACAUUCACACUUGUGCAAUUCUGGUAUUCCUUCUUUUGUGGGUUUUCUGCACAGACUGUGUAUGAUGAGUGGUUCAUCACCUGCUACAAUUUGGUUUACACAGCUCUUCCAGUCCUUGGCUUGAGCCUCUUUGAUCAGGAUGUAAAUGACCGCUGGAGUUUACAGCAUCCUCAGCUCUACUGUCCAGGCCAGAAGAACCAGUACUUCAAUAAGAAAGCUUUUGCGAGCUGUGUGAUGCACAGCUGCUACAGCUCCUUAAUCCUCUUCUUUAUUCCAUGGGCUGCCAUGCGUGACACCGUCAGAGAUGAUGGAAAAGACAUUGCCAACUAUCAGUCCUUUGCUUUACUGACGCAGACCUGUCUGCUCAUUGUGGUCUUCACACAGCUGGGUCUCGACACCUAUUACUGGUCAGCAGUGAACCAUUUUUUUGUAUGGGGAAGCAUAGCUGCCUACUUCGCCAUCACAUUCACCAUGUACAGCAACGGCAUGUUUUACAUCUUCACGUCUACUUUCCCCUUCGUUGGCACAGCAAGAAACUCAUUGAACCAGCCUAAUGUGUGGCUCACCAUAUUCCUGAGUUCCCUCCUCUGUAUUCUGCCUGUGGUAGCUUUCCGUUUCAUUCUCAUACAGCUUCGUCCUACCAUCAAUGAUAAGGUGAGAUAUAAGAUGCGAAAGGAGGUGCUGCCAGCACCUGCACCUCGCCGCCUACUGAGAAGACGUAGUACUCGGUCAGGCUAUGCCUUCUCACACUCCCAGGGCUACGGUGAGCUGAUAACGUCUCAGAACUUCCUGAUGAAACGCCCCCUGAAGAGAGCACCUCUGUUUCCCCAAACAGACUCUCCCAUAUUUCAAAAUCAGCCACAGCACUACCGCACUAUUACCGAGGAGUCAGAGGAGUCACCGAGUCCCUAGCCUGGAAGUACACAGAGACUGAAACACAACAGAUUGUACUUUAUUUUGAUAUCAUUGGAGCCAACCUGGCACUGAAGACAAGAUACACAGGGUGAAUUUAACUACUGGGUGCUUUCCAGUUAAAGGUUUUAUGUGGAAAAAUGAAUCAUUAUGAAAACUAAUGAUAUUUUAUAAUGAUAAUUUUGAUAUCUCUGCAAAAAAUGUUUAAUUUGCAACAGAGAGCGCAUUGGUGGUUUUGAUUUUUUGUGCUUAAUAAGUACAAUUUUCAUAUCCUGCAGUCUAAAUUAUUACUUGCAAUUUUCAAGCAGGCUUAAAGUUUGUUUGUUUUGUUUUUUUUACAUAGAGCCAGGUGGUUUGAUUUCAGUAAUCAGCUUGUAGGUUAUGAUGUUGGUUUUGGAUGCUUGGUUUAAUUGCCUGGUUCUGAUUCCAAAAAAAAGUAUUAUCUUAUAAAAAAUAGUAUUAUUCUUAAAAUUGUAAUGCAAAAUAUAUCUUAUACAAAGUUAUGUGAGGAGUAUAUAACUCUGAACACCAUUAAGGAGAUUAAAAAAGCUUACAUACAGUCAUCUCCAAAUAAAGGUGGCAAUAUUCACAUCUGCAUAUUAAACAUCUGUCUCUUGUUCUUAGCCUGUGUACGAUGAGUGGUUCAUCACUUUGCACA